CCACGACUAUACAAUGUAUACAAGAAUAUGGGAAUUGUUACCUCCUUCCAGAAUAUUUUGGAUAAUGUGUUUAUUCCUCUAUUUGAAGUCACAAUUGAUCCAAACUCUCAUCUUCAAUUACAUUUGUUUUUGAAGCAGGUUAGUCAAUUUGACCCUUCCUUUGUGCUCAUAGCUCUAUUAUGUAUGUUCAAAUGUAGAAGUCAUAAAGUUAAAUGACGUUCAGUAUAUAUCAUUUGAUUAUAGCAGUGAACAUUUCUUGUGUAACUAUGUCAUGUUGUGACAAUGAUACAUCAAGCAACUUUGUGGUGUUUUACCGGUGCCACCAUGUAAAUUGCUCAUUGCUACUAUGUGGCUACUAAUGACUGACUUUCUAUAUUAGAUUUGAGUGAGCCUGUUCAGCUAGUUGAAAGGCAUACUCAAUUAUAAUGGAGCUAAAUAUUCGUGAGCUUCAGUUUAUUUGAGUACUUUGCAAACUGCUUUUUUUAUUCAUCUUGCAAAUACCUUGUUAUCCAAUAACAGUUAUGUAAUCAACCCUAUAUAUUUAAAAUCAAGCAGUUUUUCUUCUUUUGUUCAAAGAUUUUUUUUUAAGUAGCUACCAUCUGUGUAGUGUUGCUUUGUAGUAAUGAAGGCGUGCUUUUAUGAACAUUAAGUUUUACUUCAUAGUUCAUAUGUCAGCAGUAGAGGAUGAAGUUUGAUUUGAGAGCCGGCAUUCGAUUCUUUAAUUCUUGUCUUCAUAAUUUACUAGGUAUAACAUGUUACUUUUUUUAAAGCAGGUGGUGGGAUUUGACCUUAUAGAUGAUGAAAGUAAACCUGAAAGGUGUCCAACUAAGCACAUGCCUACACCAGCAGAAUGGACUAAUGAAUUCAAUCCAGCAUACUCUUACUAUCUUUAUUACUAUUAUGCAAACCUGUACACCCUCAACAAGCUCCGUGAAUCUAAAGGAAUGACCACUAUUAAGUUGCGGCCCCAUUGUGGAGAGGCAGGCGAUAGUGAUCAUUUGGCUGCUGCUUUCCUCCUAUGCCAAAAUAUUUCCUAUGGGAUUAAUCUACGGAAAACUCUUGUGUUGCAAUAUUUAUAUUACCUCACACAGAGCACUAGUGCUAACUAUAUGGCAGAAUAA